CAAUGAACGCAGUUUUUAGUGCAAGAGGAAUAUAUGUGCGCAUAUAUUAAAUGAAGGGAAAUUGAAAUCGGCAUAGCCAAGCAUUCGUAUGUCAGUAGUUGCUGAUUUAAUAGAAAUAGGAGUAUGAAGGGGUAGACAAUGAUGAAUUGAACAGCGUAAUUGUAAGAGAACUUUGCAACAGUAAACAGCUGAGAACAAAAAAGGGCACGUAGUUGAACACAAAGAGCUGGAAUCGACCAGAAGUCAUCGGGAGUAGAAACAGCUGAAAUAACUAUUGUAGGCCAGAGUGCAAUACAGUGAUCGGUUUACGUACAUCGGAUUUAUUUGGUGCUGUUAUAAAUUAUGGCUGAUCCCGAGAAACAGAGCCUCAUUAACAAUGAAGAGACCAAUAAUACGUAUACCAAUACCCAGCCGGGUGUUGUUACCGGCAGUCUAGGCGACAGCGGCGAGGGAGGCCCUGUUAUGUCCGCAGAUGCCAAUUCAGCCGAAGGAGGUGUAUCGCAAGCAAAUGUACCAUUUGUGGGUCCGGAUGAAGUGCCACCACCGUAUCAGGCCAACACUGGCACCGGUGUGCCAAUGGUUACAUGUCGCGUAUGCCAAAACAUGAUCGAUAUCACAACAAAACGAGACCAGCACGUGGUGAAGUGCAGUCAUUGCAAUGAGGCAACGCCAAUACGCAAUGCUCCUCCAGGCAAGAAAUACGUGCGUUGCCCAUGUAAUUGUCUGUUGAUUUGCAAGAGCUCAUCGCAGCGUAUUGCUUGUCCUCGGCCCAAUUGCAAACGUAUUAUUAAUUUAGCACCCAGUCCGGUAACGCCACCCGUACCGGCUAUGCCCGGCAUGUGCCGUGUUACUUGUGGUCAUUGUUCAGAUACGUUUUUGUUUAAUACGUUUCACAAUGCUCUGGCGCGUUGCCCACAUUGCAGGAAAGUAUCAUCUGUUGGUUCGCGUUUCGCCUGUGGACGAGGUAUAUUGUUCGCUAUACUUGGACUGUUAUUUCUAAUUGCGGGCAUAGGUAUCACUGUUGGCACGUAUAAAUAUGCACAGGAUCACGGUGGUAUUAUCAUUGCAUACAUCGGUCUAUUUAUGAUUGCAGCCUUUUUAUUUGCACGUUCAGUUUACUAUUUCCGUUUAAAAGUAAGCGCCAUAGAUGGUCCAAUGUAAGGGCAUAUUUAGAUGUUUUUUUAUCAUUCCUUUUGAUAUUAACAAAACAAAUAAACACACAACAUACACACGUAUAUUCAUAUAAAGAACGCCAGAGGGAGGGAAGUACAGCAAAAAAAAAAAAAAUAUAGAAAAGAA